GGCUGCUCACUGACACCACAGUAGAAGUAACAAGCACCGAGCUAGCAAAGAUCAGUGGCGCUCACUGCAACACCAGCUCGGAGAAGAAAGAUUAGCAGAGAGAGCGAGCUAGCCAGCCAUGGGCGAGGGGGCCGCGGCGGCGGUGAUGGCGGCGACGGCGAGCGGCGGCGCGCCACACCUGCUCGUCAUCUGCUUCCCCGGACAGGGCCACAUCAACCCGAUGCUCCGCCUGGCGAAGCGAAUCGCGGCCAAGGGCCUGCUGGUCACGUUCUCGUCGACGUCCUCCGUUGGCGCCAAGCUGGUGGAGUCGUCCGGCGUGUCGGUCGGCGGCGACGGCGUGCCGCUCGGCCGCGGCCGGAUCAGGUUCGAGUUCUUGGAGGAUGGGUUCGAUGGGGGGGAGCUUGAUGCGCUCAUGCGGCACCUCGAGACGGCCGGCCCGCCGGCGUUCGCGGAGUUGCUCGGGCGGCAGGCGGCGGAGGGGCGGCCCGUGGCGUGCGUCCUCGGGAACCCGUUCAUCCCGUGGGCGGUGGAUGUCGCCGCCGACGCCGGGAUCCCGUCGGCGGUGCUGUGGGUGCAGUCGUGCGCGGUGUUCUCGCUGUACUACCACCAUGUCCAUGGCCUCGUGGAGUUCCCGCCGGAGGAUGACCUCGACGCGCGGUUCACGCUGCCGGGGCUCCCGGCGAUGUCCGCCGCCGACGUGCCGUCGUUCCUGCUGCCGUCGAACCCGUUCAAGAGCCUCACCGAGGCGAUAGUGCAGCAGAUCCGCACCAUCGACAAGGUGAAGUGGGUGUUCGUCAACUCCUUCACGGAGCUCGAGCGCGACGCGGUGGACGCGCUCCCGGGCGUCAAUCCGCCGCCGCCGCCGCUCAUCCCCGUCGGCCCGCUCAUCGAGCUGGAGGGGGGCGAGGACGUGGCGGUGCGCGGCGACAUGAUCAAGGCGGCGGACGACUGCGUCGGGUGGCUGGACGAGCAGCCGCCGCGCUCCGUCGUGUACGCGUCGCUCGGGAGCGUCGUCGUCCUGUCCGGCGACGAGGUGGCCGAGAUGGCGCACGGGCUCGCCUCCACCGGCCGGCCGUUCCUCUGGGUGGUGCGGCCAGACAGCCGCGAGCUGCUCCCGGAGGGGUUCCUCGACGCCGUCGCCGGCCGCGGCAUGGUGGUUCCGUGGAGCCCUCAGGACCAGGUGCUCGCCCACCCGUCCGUCGCCUGCUUCCUCACGCACUGCGGCUGGAACUCCACGCUGGAGACGGUCGCCGCCGGCAUGCCGGUGGUCGCGUUCCCGCAGUGGGGGGACCAGUGCACCGACGCCAAGUUCCUCGUCGACGAGCUCAGGAUGGGCGUCCGCCUCCGCGCGCCGCUGCGCAGGGGCGCCGUGCGGGGAGCCGUCGACGCCGCCGUCGCAGGGCCCGACGCCGACGCCAUGCUCUCCCGCGCCAAGGCGUGGAGCGCCGCCUCGCGGGCGGCCGUGGCAGCCGGCGGCUCGUCGGACCGCCACGUGGAGGCGUUCGUGGAGGAGGUGAUGGCGCGAGCGUGCGGCGGGGAAGUGGCUAAGGAGUGACGUCACGCGUGGACAAAUUCAUUAAUUACUCCACUAUUUUACCACCGGUCAAAAUCAAAUUAAAUUACAUAAAGCAUCGUGGUAGGUAA